AUCAAUUUGUUUUGAUAUUCACCACAAUAUUGUUAUAACAGUGUACUGAGAGAGAAUAGUUUUGGUUGUAACAACGGAACUACGGAACAUCACUUGUGCUUCUUGCUUUGCUGAAAACUUGGACUGAACGGUGGGUCAACACUGUUGUCCUGAGUGAACGAUUCGGAGGAUAUAUUCUCCCACUAAAGAACCAACUGUCUGAAGGAUCACGGCUCUUUGAGACAAAGGAAGAGACUGCGGAUUGUGGGAUGGUGUAGUAACCUGGGAUAAUCUUCCUCCCCGCCCAGGGGGAUAACAAGCACAGGUGAAACAGAAAAUGUGAUCCUAAACAAUUCCCGGAUUCUUGCGAGAGAAGAAGAUUCAGUGCAUCACAAAGGCUUGUGAUAUUGCAAACGGAUUUUAAAUUACCUCUGUUCUUCGAGUGAUGAACCGCUCAAAUCGGAACGCGGCUGAAUAACAUUGACAGCAGAUCUCAGAGUCUUGAGGAAUUACGUGUGGUGUUUACGGAGUAUCUUGUGAAAUCUUUCCGAAGAAGGGAGAGAUGAGAUAGACGGAUUACUGACACGGGAUAUACCAAACGUGGGGCUUGAAGGAACUGCAUUGGAUUAUACACACAGUGACUGUCCGCAGCUCGGCUUGAGCUCUGCUACGGUCAACUGACUUAUAACGAGCCUGCCGAAGCUAAUAGUGCUCUGAGAGGAAGUGUGUUCUCACCGACUCACGUGCAGGAAAACAGUUGCUUUGUGGGAUAGCUUGAAGCAAAACAGACGGCUAACUUGUGGUACCUGUGCUUUAUACCACGGAGUAAUUACCUCUAGCGUUUCCGUCCAACGUUUAAGGUCUUGCAUUGUAGAGGAUUGACCAAGCAUUGAUGCUAUAGUGGACUAAUACCUCUUUGGAGUUACACAAUUGCACUUGGAUUUACUUUGUGAUUCUAAGGAUUCCUACAGAAAAGCACUGGAUGUACCCAUGUCGGAGUUUGAGUUAUUUUCAUGCUGGGGUUUAGACUAGCAUGAAGAAUGAUGAUGAACUACCUCAAUCGAGGCUGUGUUGGCAGUGUGUACAUGACUGGAGUACUUACUGUCAUAAUCUUUGUCAUCAGUGGACAUGCUCUAGGUGACCCAAGUAACCCUAGGAUAGUUGAGCAUCCCGACGAUGACUAUGUUGCCAAGAACGAACCAGCAACGCUUAACUGCAAGGCCGAGGGUAUUCCACCACCCAAAAUUACAUGGUAUAGAAAUGGAAGACGGGUAGUUACCUCCCCUGAAAAUCCCUCUUCCCAUCGAAUGUUGUUGAAUAAUGGACAGCUCUUCUUCCUUCGUGUGAUUCACAACAAGAAUUACAAGCCAGAUGUUGGAGUGUACUACUGCAAUGCAACAAAUAUUCAUGGAAGUGCUAUCAGCAGAAAUGCAACACUGGAAAUAGCAGUUUUACGAGAUGAAUUUCGAGAGGUGCCAUCUUCUGCAACUGUGGCUACAGGAGAGACCGCAACAUUCCACUGCAAACCACCGAAGGGGGAGCCUGAACCUAAAGUUCUGUGGCAGAGAAAUGAAGACCCUUUGACAAUAGAUGGACGGAUUUCUAUGAACAACAAUGGUGACCUGGUGAUUGAGAAUGUCCAAGUUACAGAUGGUGGAGAAUACACGUGUCUUGCCUUGAACAAGGGUGGCGAGAAACUGAGUCCCCGUGCAAGACUCACUGUUUUGGAAAAACCUAAGAUUCGUCAACUACCAGAUGAUAUCCAAGCCAAUGAAGGAGACACUGUUGAACUCAAGUGCCAGGCCAUUGGUGAUCCUGAACCAACAGUCACUUGGAAAAAGCAGGAUGGACGCAUAUCCUAUGGAAGAGCACGGCAACUUAAUGAUGGCACCCUGCGUAUAGAGAAGGUUCAAGCAGAGGAUGACGGCCAGUACAUCUGUGUGGCUGAGAACCUGGCUGGAACAGUAGAAGCGGCAGGCAGACUUUCCAUUCAGACUCACCCCUCCUUCUUGAUCAAACCUCUGGACCAAGUGGUAGGACAGGGACGUACAAUAACACUGCAAUGUGUAGUCACUGGAAACCCGUCCCCUACAGUCUUCUGGAGCAAAGGAGCGGAACAGCCACUGAUGUUCCCUAACCAAAAGAACGGCAGGUUUUCGGUGGCAGAAGAUGGAACAUUUAGAAUUGAGCGUGUUCAGUUUGAAGAUGAAGGAGAAUAUGUGUGUCAAGCUUUGAAUGUCAUCGGUAGUGCCAAAGCUACCGCACGGAUUGAUGUUCGACAACAAGACUCACGACCUCCACCAAUCAUCAAGCUAGGUCCCCAGAAUCAGACACUUCCACCAGAUGAAAUGGCAAUGCUACCAUGUCAGGCUACAGGGAACCCACAGCCAACCAUUAGGUGGUAUAGGAAAGAUCGACCAAUCCUUGGCACCAAUGCCCGGUUGGUGAUUCUGGACUCUGGAACUCUGCAAAUAUCAGAUGUACGGGCAAGUGAUUCUGACACCUAUACUUGUAAAGCUGUGAGUGAAACAGGAGAGACUGCCUGGAGUGCUUACCUGAAGAUUACAGGCCGAGGCCCUUACAGACGGACACAGAAAUCUCAGACGUUUCCAGGGCGACCUCUAAAGCCAGUGGCGACGGACAUUACAGACACAACUGUCCACCUGACAUGGCAGCCCAACACCAAGAAGAAAGGAGAUUCCCCGACGUAUGCUUUCAUCGUGGAAUACUUCAGUCAUGAGACUGAAAAGGGAUGGGUAGUGGCCUCCAACUCUAUCACUCAUGAAAGUUUCACAGUCCAUGGCCUUGAACCAGAGACACAUUACGUGUUUCUUGUGCGAGCUGAGAACUCCCAUGGAAUCAGUCAACCCAGUGAAAUAUCGGAUUCUGUUGUCACAAGAGAGCGCAGAAAACCCAACAAGAAGAUCAACUUACCCAAGUCUGUGAUCAGGGAGAAGCUGGAGGGCAUGGUUGUGGAGAUCAUGAAAGGGGAGGCAAUCAACGCUACUGUCAUUAAAGUCACAUGGAGGGUUCUGAAAGGAAGAGAUGCAAUUGGUGGCUUCGUCAUUGAAUAUAAGAAGAUCACAGAUCUUCGGCGAAUGACGUACGGGACAGUUAUAACCAAGAAAGUCCUUGACCCAUACAGCACCUCCUAUAUGCUGUACAAUCUGCACAGCUAUGCUUGGUAUGAAAUCUGCAUCAAAGCUUAUGGUGGUGAAGUCAAGUCCCAGUGCAGCAGCCCUGUUAAAGUGCCGACAAAGGAAUCAGUGCCCUCUGCUCCCCCUGAAAACAUAAUCAUCCACAAGGAGCAGGAAACUGUCAUCCACAUUCGAUGGUCUCCUCCUCCGAAGCCAAAGAGGAAUGGAGAUAUCCAAGGCUAUGAUAUCUACUGCAUGGACAAUGACCGGAAGCACAACUGUAGCCUUUCCACCAAUGAUACGACAUCAAGUGCGCUUGUGAGGAACAUUGAUGCCGAUCUCACCUACAGGAUAAGACUAGCUGCCAAGACCAGCAAGGGACUGGGAGUAUGGAGCAAGACAUUUGUUGUUGGACCUGAGCAGCCAAACAUUAUGAAGGAGCCUUGGUUUAUCGGCAUGCUCAUAAGCACAAUUGGAGGGACGUUGUGGCUAGCUCUCUGCAUCUUCAGUGUGUGGCUGUGUCGCAAACGGAAAAAUAGGAAAAAGUUGGCUCAGAAUGGAAUGUACAGUGCUGUACCUGUACACAAGUCGGACGAAUCAGCCAGAGGUGGCAACGUUUUGUCUAGAGAUGACGUGGUGUAUGCUCAGAAAGACGGAAACAUGCACAGUAACCUAUCAGGUUAUGGCGUUCUUCAAUCUGACCUGGCUUCACUCCUGGACUCGGGCAACAAAGAUGUGGAACUGAAGGACCAGAACAUCUACAACUCUGCUGGGCUGAUGCCUCAGAUGAAGACAUUCUACCAGAAGCCCAACUCCGUACCGGUCUCAGUGGCACCAUAUGCCACAACCACACUCAUCAACACUAGCAACCAAACAGGACGACCCAUUCAGACCAGUGGAAUGGAGAGUGCCUUCCGCCCAAUCAACCAUGCCUAUGUGCACAGUAGCGCCAGCGGGUCAGGUGAUAGCUGCCAGAAGCCAGAACUGAGGACCAGUGAUUCCAACACGGACAACAGCAGACCCAACACAGGGUGUACCCAUGACGAGAUCCAGUGCUUGGCUAGUCCUGGCAGUGACAGUGGCAGUCUUACUACAGAUGAAUAUGGAAUGCCUGUUAAGAGGACAAAGAAAGGAGCCAAGCCUUGUUGCCAAGGAAAACAGGCCAUGGUGAAUUGGGCUGAACUGCUCCCACCACCCCCAGAACACCCCCCUCCAAGCGACAUUGGAACCCCGCCAGAAUCUCCCAUGAAUACUCUCAACAGAAUGGAACGUCAACGUCAAAUGAAUAAUCGUAGUCCUCUUUCUCCCGUUUCAAAGAUUUCGGCAUGUUCAUGCCCUGUUCCUCACGACAGAAUGCCUGCAAAUAUUAGGUGUGUGCCAUACUCAGAUACAGAGUUCGGAACCCAACCAAGGAUGCACGAUUGUCGGCCAUAUUCUCCCAAACAGCUCAAUAACAACAGACAAAGGACUCAGUCCCCGACACAUGACGGUAGGGGCCAGUCCCCUCGUGGGUUCAUGUACCCCCCAUGUCACGGGGCACCUAAUGACUGUCACAUAUACCUGCAGCGCCCCUACCACAGUGACGCAGAGAGAACACACAUGCCCAUGCAGGCGUAUGGACCCACAUCAUUGCAUGGAUAUAAAAUUAAACAAAUGGAGAAUGAUCUUAGACAUUUAAGCGACCCAGAACAGGGUCCCCUUCCUCCAUCUCGGAUGUGUUCUCAUAGCUUGAGUUCCGGUGAGAAUCCUCUGAUGGACCGGGCAUGUCAGUCAUCCCUCCCCAGCCUCGCCAGUGAGUGCAUGCACUCUCCCGUGUGUCACGGCAGGAAUGCUGACUCCCCGACAUCGGAGGACCUUCAGGAUUAUGCAGGCGAGUCUGACAUGGAAGGGAACAGACUGACCGACUGCCCCACACCGGACUCCAGCAUGAAUGGGGAGGGAGACGGAAGUGUAUCUGGCUCCAUACUAGCAUCGUGGGCGAGUGUAACCGACCAAAGCAAUACCAGUUGUAGUAGUCUAAGAUCUAGUGCUGCCAGUUCAAGUGAAGGCUCAUUUCUUGCCGCAGAAACCGAUUUUGCCACGGCUGUUGCUCGUGCCGCAGAAUUGUCAGGAAUGACUGUGGUGGGAACUACCGUGUCAGAUCCCAAGAAUGGUAAGAAAUACAGGAAGCAUCAUCGUCAACAGCGACCAACCAGCCCCUACAGCACAGACAGCAACUACAGCGCUGUGGUUCAUAAACCCUACCCCAGGUCACAACGAAAGAAACAACUUGUUGAUCAAGGUAAUCAAGCCAAGAAGUAUGGUUGCCGUGGCCGUCCUGAUCAGAUGGACUCAUGCAUGUCCUACGCACCCUGUGAUAGCCAGAAUGGAGUCGCUGACCUACCCAUGUACUACAGACCUAAUUUCCCUAUGCCCGCCGCCCUUCCCACAAGUCCAUGUGGUUCCACACGGUCAUCUUUGUCUGGGAAGAGCCAAGCAGGCUACAUGUCUCCAGGAAUGGCCAACAAUGGCCACAUAUACUGCACGAUACCUGCAUUGCCACCCCCACAAGACCCCAUGUACGGCUCCCAGGACGGCUGUGUGUAUGGUAUACCCAUGCAACCGUCAAAUAGCAAUUUGUAUCAGUCAGGGAGUGAUAUCCCCAUAGCAUAGAAAAUUGACGUGGAAAGUGAGCUUGGUGAAAUGGUGAAAUGACCUGAGAUGGCUGUAGAUCACUUCAUGCUAAAUUGCUACAAUGUCUAGCUGGUGGAAUGUGGAUCUAAAGAAAUUGUGUGUGUAGAUGCAGGAGAUUGCUUUGUAACCAUAGAUGACCAUGUAUGGUUGGCAUGGCAACGUGGCAGGGUUGUCUUGCAUAUGCUUCAUGUGAUAACCGCUACAGUGGUAUCUGUUUCCGUGACACUGCAUGACUACAAGGAUCGGCAUGACGACAGUGUCGGACACAGGCUCUGAUCCUUGUGUCCAGGUGGUUAUCUGUAGACUAGCAACAUGGCACUCACAUGCCAUGAUCGAUAUGUGGAAAGAAGUCAGAACUAAUGCUAGCAAUAUAGUUGGUUGGUAUGCUUUUGAUUGGCAAUAUGUCAAGCCUCAGAUUCUGGAGAACCUGCAACCAGGAAGAUCCAUGAGAGCUGUCUUCGUCAACAGUCUGGAGAGGUGAUCCAUCAGUUCUGGUGCUAGAUUUCAUCCAAGCUGGGUGGAUCCAUCAGAAACAGACCAUCAUGGCUCAUGUACCGUGGGAGAAAACUCAAAACACCAAAUUACCUCGGCCAAAAGACAUUGAUCAUGUAUCCAUGAAUGUGGUUCCUGAGGACGAACUGGAGGAAAAAGAAGCACAUUUCAUACGACAAUUUAUAAACUGAUAUAUUCCUGUGCAUAUGGAAAGGGAAGAAAGUUGUUUUGAGGAAUAAAGCAGAGUGCCUGAUUCAUCAUAUGGGUUGGAAGUUUUGAUUAGCAGUGCUUCACUGUGUGACACACUAACUGAAAUACACUGGACACGGUGGGAGUAAUGUACUCGUGUGACAGGUGCAAUGAAGUGUGAUGUACUGCUGUGUUGCCCACAGAGAAACACAUCUUCUAUCCGGGUUGACAUCUGUGUGAAGUAACGCCAAAGGAUCCUUCAGAACAGUGCACUAUCAAGUACUGUUUAGACAGCAGCUGCCUGUUGUGUGAUCGGCCUGUGUAGUAACCCCUAAAUAUACCUUCCCAACAACGUUAGAACUGUGCAACAAAAACCACAAGUACUGUAGUUGCGCUUUCAAAGUAAAUGUACAGGACAAAAAACGGUUUUGUGGGCUCAUCAUCUGUUUGCUCUGCUAUGACCUUUGCCAAGGUUAUUGUCGCUGUUAAGUUCAUCAGUGCUUGUUGACCUUUAACCAUUGACCUACAGCUGUAUAUGGUGCUAAGAAAUCCAUUCAGAGCAUUUACUGCGAUUGACUGUUCACGGAGUCUACUACUACACUGUACAUAGUUCCGCAUAUUCUCCAAGGAUGGCGUGUUUGAAAGUGCUAAUGGAUUUCAUAAUGCCGUCGAAUACAUACGGUCGCGUCUUGCCAUAAACUAUAACAAUAUUCUCUGGAAACCAGUCCUAUUGGAUUCCGCAUCAUUUUUUACGUAGACAGUUGGACAUGUAUACAAUUGGUUGUUGCGGCAGUAGGUCUGUAGUUGCCGCAGCAAGUUUGUUUCCUGUGGACUAUGAAGGUAUAUAUUUGCUAUUCAUUCAUCAAGCAGAAUUAUGGAACCCCGGCAUUGUUUCUAGUUCCUCCAUUUGAUUACCAUAUAGUUCUGCCCUAGAUCUGUCAUACGAGAAUAUACUGAUGUAUAUUUGUGCGGAGGAGCGGUGUUACUGACUUAAUUGUAUGUAUGUGUUGGAUAUGGCAAGUUGGACUGAUACAAGAAAGAGAUGUUUGUGCUUUUGUUAUACAAACGUUGACAAUUUUACCUAGCGACUGCUUUGUGAGUCUAUCCUGCAAACAAUGUCAUCCUUCAUUUCACAGAAAGAUGGACGCAUGUGUCAUAUCUCUUCAGGAAAUGUGUACAUAUGAAUAUGCAUAUUUAUAUAGGAAACCCUGCAUAAAUUUUAUGGAUCAAUUCCUGGCGAGUUGUCGUCAUCAUAAUAAGAAACUACAUUUUCCCUUCUAUUUUAUUGAUCUCCAUUCAAUGGAAAGUCUCAAGUAUUUAUUUAUUAGUUGUAGUUACUUUGAGUUUGUAAUGAGGUUUCCUGGCUGUGGCUUACAUUGCUCACAAACCAUUUGUUUUUGACGAGAGUGAUGAAACAAAUAUGAUCUGCAGCAAAGCCCAGUAAAGAAAUUAAAGUGUUUUUUUUGCAUAAGACUACAUUGAUCAGUAUUUUUCAACCAUUUAUGCAGAUUUGACGUUGUCUGUGAAUGUAAGGGUACAGAUUGUGUAUAGCAUCUUGUUCUGUGUACAUUGCUUGUCUCAAUAACUGUACAGCAGGCAACUACACUAGUGUAGGCCAACCAAAUGGUAUGCAUAAUAGAGGAAACACUUUAUUUGUUGGGUUUAAAUCUUACAAUUGUUCAUGUUAUGUAGGCCAAUCAAAUUUGAAUCAACUGUGUACACUUUGUAUGUGAAAGUUCCAAUUUCGUUUUGUAGGGCUUUGGUAACAUGGCUAUUCCCAACCUUCACCUUCAAAUGUAAGAGAUGAUCUGCUUAAUCAGGACAUAAGAAAUAUCAGAUUCAGACAUAAAACUGCAAUAGUUUCACACUGUGAUAUUUCUGGUUUGAAUAUUUGGGAUUAGUUUUUGUUUGUUUUAUAACAAUCCUAAGUCUGUAAAAGUAUAUGUGCAAGAUUGUGUUUCUCAUGUACAGAAAGGAACAAGCGUUGCGGAGUAUGACAAAUCCAAUCCUGGAGGAAUAGUUUCACAAAUGAACUGAUAUUUUUUAAGAAGGGGUCACAAAUCUGACUCUGGUCUAGGAGUAACAUUUAAUGCAGAACAACAUAGUUCAUCAUCGAUUGACAAGUUGAAGACUGAAGAAACAAUGUUCUAAAUUAGUGUUGUCAUUUAUCACUUCCCCAGUGACGAGUAGAUGGUACAGUUUUGUGUACCUUGUAUGUUCUCAUUCUUAAAAGCAAUAUCAUUGUGGAUUUUAUACAUAUUGUACAGUCAUCUGUUAAUUUUGUAUCUAUGUACGUAGGUAUUUAUUGUUCAAUAUUUUGUGUGCGUAACCAACGUUGAAAUGUAAAUACAAUGUCUGUAUAGUGAUUGAUAAAAAGACUGGAUUUGUAAACUGUCUUUUCUCUGCUGUCAAAAUCCUACCACAUUUGCAUGGUGAAAGAAAAGCAAUGCCAAAAUGCAGUCUUCUUUCUCUAUCUGGAUAUAAAGGUCUGACAUGCUGUCAUACUGGUGUUGUUUUUUGUUUGAACUCCAAAUGGAAACAAAUAUAAAAACACAAUGGAUGGGCAACCACCUUCAAAUGACUUCCUAAAGACCAACAUGAGUGGUAUAUCCUCUGUAAACUCUCGACAUUUUGGUUAAUCAAUACUGGUACAUAUUUACCCGUUCUUACUAAAAAUGGUACAACGUGUACCUCUAUUCCAAAAACAAAUCUGAUUCUUCGAGUUGAUGUUUCCACUUGCUCAAUGAAGCUAUGUGUGCUUACAACAUUUUCUCUAUACUGUAUUAUACUGAAUACUUGCUGCAGCCUCAGUUUCUACUUUCGCCAGUGUCAAACAUGUAUUUCCUGCAGUCUGCAAAUCUUGUAGCUAACUUUAAGUUCUAUCAAAAGAAUGUCUUGUAUCAUAAGUUCUGAUCUGCCCUGUUCUAAUCGCUGACUGUUCUAUGUGACUAGAUUUGAAGUAAAAGGAGCAAAAAUAUUGAAUUUA